AAGAAGUCAAUCAAAAAUAUAUUUUAUAUUAUUUAAAAAGGACUUUCGGUGCUGUGCAUGUUUGUGCGUACAAAAUGUUUUGCAUUGCAAGAACAAACUUUGUCUCGCUCAUGUUGAGAAAUGGUUAAGUGGACAUGCUAAUAAUCGGUGCACAUGAGGUGGCGUGCUGGAGGUCAAAGGUCAAACAGUUUCAAAGAGAGAUGAGUGAUCGUCCUUGUGCCAGAGUCUUCAAAGACAGAAGACGCGAGACGAUAACAUUCAUUUCCGUAAUGGCGUGACAUUUGCAGAGGCUCAGGGUUAAACUCAUCAUAGUUGUAUUUCCAGAGGAUUCAUUAACCUCUGACCCUUCGGAUGGUCACUAUAAAUGAUUUAUUUGUUUAUUUAUCUGUGUCUGUGUUUUUAUUUUCCCAGGAUGCAUUGCUGCAGUUGGCCUCCGUUGUUGAUGUCAGCAGCCUUCAGACGACCAUCAAAGAUGUGCUCAGAGUUGUCCUGCCAGACGUGGAGUGUGUGUUCGUGUACCUGUUGGAGGCGGAGUCUCGGCUGCGAUGUGAGGAUCCGCCCCAUGAGGUGCCACCAGAGGGCAAGCUCAGAGACGCAGUGAAGCAGCAGAAGAGACUGCAGUGCUCCGGCCUGCCAUCAGCAGAACUACACCAGAACCAGAGCGGCUCACUGAGCACACCGCUGCCGGCCCACAGACAAGCGCUCGUGAUUCCUCUGGUGGACGGUGACGAAGGGAAGGUGAUCGCUCUGAUUCUGCUCUGCUGUAAACCACUGACAGAACAAGAUGAACAAAACCUCACCAUCCUGGAGAAACAUCUUCAGUUGAGGAAAGAAUAG